AUGAAACCCCUUAUAGGGGUCUUUUAUUCCAGCAGCUUGAAGAAUGGGCUUGGGCUGCCGAAAAGAGAAACAUGUGUGAAAUUGCCCCUUGAGUCUGAGUUCAAGGAUCAGGCCCCAAGAGUGUUUCGAAAGGAGAUUUCAGAGGUGAGAGAUAAAGCUUGCUCUCCAGAUGUGUGUUUAUGGAAAGAGAGGAAGAAGAUGGAAGCAUGGGUGUCUUUAGCAGAUUUCCAGCAGCUUGACGAAAGCUUCGUCAGGCUUCUGGGUGGCUUGACAGAGGAGAAAAAUGGAAGCAAUGGAAGAACAAGGCUUGAAAUUGAAGGCUUCUAG